GCCUCUCUCUCCACAUUUCUGCAAAUAUUCCAUAUCCAUCUCAAGCCCUAACCAAACCUUCCUUCCCGUUCUCUUACUCAGCUAUGCAAACUCAGUUUCCGCACUCACAACUCGUUCCCUUCGGCUCACUCUCCGUCACAUCCACCGAUUCCCAGUCACAAAAAGCAUGGUACCUCCUCUCCCUCCUCCUCUCACUCGGCCACCCAACUCUGCCUCUCGAUCUCGCAUCCCGCUGCACUUUAUUCCGAGCCACUCCCGAUCUUAUAAUAUCUCUCUGCUCAAUUCCUAACUCACCCAUCACUUUAAUUACCAGCAGCAGCGGCAUUCAUGUAACUAUUUCGCUUAUUGGCCUUUUCGCUUUUCAACGAUUUGUCUCUAAUGUCAACUUGAUUGACGCGUUUCUGACUCCGAUCAGGACCCAAGUCCGUGGGACUGGGAUGUUAAAGGAUGUUGUGAGGGUGUACUUCAGGAAGCGGAAGCGGAUCGGAUUUGAUUCUGGAGAAGUGGAUGAGAAUUAUGGAUCAGUUUGUCUUCCUUCAAAAAAAAUUCGAAAUGCUUACCGCAAGGUACAUUUCCAGAUGGCACAAGGUAUUAGCAGGAGCAUUAAUUCUGGGCCUAGUUUCGGGUCUAUUAAAAUAAAUAACAUCAUUCUGCCGCCUGGUUUAUUCAGCAAAUCCAUGGGCAAUAGCAGAAUCUUUAACCUAAGGAAUGAUGAACAAGUUGAAGAUGAAAUGAAUGCGAGUAUUAUGAAAAAGGAGCCCAAAGGAAUCAUGGUGCCUUAUCUGGAUGAAGAAUAUGUUCUUCUGAGAAAGAUGUUGGAUGAUCAAGCUGUGAGCCAAGAAGCUAAAGUAGACGAAGUAGAUCUAAAAAGUAGAACAGAUGCUGAUGCUACUCUUUGUAGGGAAGAUUUGAAACAGAUUACUUUGUUACCAGCAGUAUGUGCAAAUGCUAAUGCUGCUACAGAUGCUGCAAAUGAUUGUCCUAUUGAGAUAGUGGGAAUUAAAUGCAAGGAAGGGGAACUGUUUAUUGAUUCUGGUAAACUGAAAGGAGAAGCAGCAAACUCUUUAAAUUCAAAUGAUAUUGCUAUUUUGGGUACACCAAUAGAAAUUGACAUGAAUGAACUGCCACCUUUGGAUGAAGAGAGAUUAACUACUCAUGCAAAGAACCAGGAUAUAAUUCCAAUGGAUGAGCACUCUGCAGUUCAGAAGCAGUUGUUGAAACCCUCUGCCAAGAUGAAGCUCUCUUUUGGGGAAGCAAUGACCCCGCCUAGACCUCAAGCUGUUGACCAAUAUUUGGAGGGGAGUAAGGCAGUACGGACCCCCAAAGGAAACCGUGAAGUUAAAAGAAAUCUUGGGGCAAUUACUAUAACACAAAAAUCAAAGCAGAAACGUGACAACAUGCAUAUUAAAGAUGGCACGAAGGAUAGUGUUUCUUUUCCUGACAUGGAUCAAGUGGAAACCAAGGGCCUGCCAGGCUUUGAGUCUUAUAUUGUAGAAGAGGAAGAAGGUUCAGGUGGUUAUGGCACUGUUUACAGGGCUCGGAGGAAGAGUGAUGGGACCACAGUUGCAAUUAAAUGCCCUCAUGCAAAUGCUAACAAGCACCAUGUUAGCAAUGAACUAAGAAUGUUGGAGCGCUUUGGGGGUAAAAACUUUGUCAUAAAAUAUGAAGGCUGUAUUAAGAGCGGAAAUUCUGAUUGCUUUGUUCUAGAGCAUGUUGAACAUGAUAGACCAGAGGUGUUGAAGAAGGAGAUAAAUAUUUUUCAGCUACAAUGGUAUGGGUAUUGCAUGUUCAGAGCACUUGCUAGCCUUCAUAAGCAGGGGAUAGUCCACAGAGAUGUCAAACCUGGUAACUUCCUUUUCUCUCGCAAGGCCAAUAAAGGUUAUCUUAUUGAUUUUAACCUUGCCAUGGAUCUGCACCAAAAGUACAGAGCAACUAACAAAUUAAAAACAGGCAAUGAUGUAUGCCUCAAUUAUGUUGCACUUCCAAAUAAUAAAUCCGUUCCUCCAACCAAAAAUAGAAGGGCUCCAGGUGCUAAAUCUUUGGAUCCAUUAAAUAAAGAAGCAAUAAAAAGUAUGAAGACAACUUUAGAACCCAAGAUCCAAAAAAAGAGAGCUGUUGGUAGAACAAAGGUCCAGAAUGACUUGGCUGGUUGGAGUGUAAUGAAAAGUCAAGGAGCUGAUGGCUCUGGCAUAACCUCAGUGAAAGAUGGAACAAGUACUAGAACUCCUUCUGUAGAAAGGCCCAGAGAGCCUUUACCAUGCCAAGGUAGAAAGGAACUCAUCAGCUUGUUGCAAGAAGCAAUGCAGAGUCCAAAUCAUGAAGGAUCAAGUGCUCCAGCUUCAAUGAGAAAGAGGAUUGCUGCACCUCCUCGAAAGGUGGAUGAAAGAUUUAUUUACCUUACUCCAAUGACUCUGCACUCAACUGGAAUUGCUAGUCCUGGUGCCUGCUUAAUUAAGAACAAAGAAGAUGGGAAGCACAAGAAAGAAGGUCCAUGUGUUGGAACCAAAGGUUUCCGGGCUCCAGAGGUCUUGUUCAGGUCUCCUCAUCAAGGACCUAAGGUUGAUAUUUGGUCUGCUGGGGUCACCUUACUAUACCUAAUGAUCGGAAGAACACCCUUUUAUGGCGACCCUGAACAGAACAUAAAGGACAUAGCAAAGCUAAGGGGAAGUGAAGAUCUGUGGGAAAUUGCAAAGCUACAUGACCGGGAAUCCUCUUUCCCAGCGGAAUUAUACAAAAUAGAGUCUUUUCCAUCUGCGACCUUACGGGAAUGGUCCAAACUAAACACGAAAAGACGGGAUUUCCUUGAUAUAAUCCCAAGCUCGUUUAUUGAUCUGGUGGACAAAUGCCUGACAGUAAACCCAAGAUUGAGGAUCAGUGCAGAAGAUGCAUUAAAGCACGAGUUUUUUGCUCCUUGCCACGAGAGUUUAAGAAAGCAUAGGCUGCUCAGGCAAGGGCUCAGCUUUGACUCUGGAACUAAUCUUCCUUCACACGGACAAAGGCACAAAGGAAUGGAAAAGGAAUGCCUGUGAAGAUUUCUUAUCAGCAAGGUUGGUUAGAUAUGGAUUGGUGCUCUACUGAUUUUAGGUUAACCCACUUAUAGCUAUAAUAUGAUUCUCUAUCUCUGAUGCUGUAAAUGUGCUACUGAUGCAAGCUUGAGUUCUUUUUCUGUCUUCUUUAAUCCCAAAGUAUAUUUUCCCAGUAUUGUAUCUUUAUUACCAGGAAACACAGAGCCCUACCAUCAAGUGUACGUAAAAAAUUCCUGUUAUGCACAGUUGCAAAUAUAAAUAUGCUUAGUCCUUCCCAGA